CUUGGACUUUAACAUGGAAGAUUUGGAUUUCAACGACACGAAGAUGAACUACAAUUUACAUCCCAUUAGCUAUUUAAACGCUAAUGCCAACCAGUACCGCAACCAGGAAAACUCCUUAAACAGUAACAACCUCAACAUCCACAACUCGCUCCCUAUUCCCAUCACCUUGAAGCAGGAGCCAGAGUCUGCUAGCCACUCGGCCAACUCCUCACGCCAGGACUCGUUAUCGGUGUCGACCUAUGACAGCUUGUCGCUCACACCCCAUUCGUCGGUAUCAGUCCACGACUCCCCCAGCCAGUCGUUCGCCUCCACCUCCAUUUCGCCCCCAUCCGGCCCCGAUCCUGGAACCGCUGCCAACCCUGCCAAGCGCAAGAAAACCUAUAAGAAGAUUAAGGCCGAAGACCUCAAAGGUCCCUUCCGGUGUCUUUGGAACCAGUGCACCAAUGUGUACGACACUCCCGAAAUCUUGUACGACCAUUUGUGUGACGACCACGUCGGAAGAAAGUCGUCCAACAACUUGUCGUUGACGUGCUACUGGGACAACUGCUUGACCAAAACCAUCAAACGAGACCACAUCACCAGCCACUUGCGUGUGCAUGUGCCCUUGAAGCCCUUCCACUGCGAGUUGUGUCCCAAAUCGUUCAAGCGGCCACAGGAUUUGAAGAAACACUCCAAAACCCACACUCAGGAUCACACCCAGGCAAAGAAGUUGAACAAGCAGUUGAAACAGCAGAGCAAAUCCAAUAACGUUAGCAUCAUCAACAACAUUUUGAGCGAAUUCAACUUUGACAAGGCCAGUUUCUUCAAGAAAGAACCCACCUAUAACUCCGAAAUGAUGCACCGGUUGAACAAUGUGGAAGGUCAAGCUUUUGCGGCCCCACAGGCUCCGUCAGUCAAUAGCUUGUACGAUGCCGAAAAGUAUUUCAGCACCCUCAACCAAUCUAUGGACCUGUUCCACCAGACGUUCAGCUACCCGCAGAACACCAUUAACAACAACCACAGCUCGGGCCAUACCCAGCCUCAGUACCAGGCGCAAGCCCAGCCUCAGUUCCACACUCCCCUGGUUCAAUCGGCCCAGGGUGCGUUUGGUUCCUACCCACUGAUGGCCAACAACUACCCAAGAAACAACCAGUUCAACUACCCGGUGUCGUCCGACUUUGGAGGGGUUUCGAACUUUCAGAAAUCGUCGAGAGUCGACGCCGAUUCCCAGGUGGAUGACGUUGAUGCUUUGGCCAUUGAUCUUGAAAAGGUGAGUGUGUCUGACUUGGAAAAACAUAAGACCAUGGUCAAGGGAGUGUUGUCGUAUUUACACGAGAAGAUGGCCACAUCGUGCAACUUAUACCCUCAGAUCACCGCGUUUUAAAGGUGUUUGUUUAUAUGUACAUUAGUUAUUUAGGAAUGGAUUAGAUUUGCAGCCAUCGCGUAGUCACCGGCAGGCACCUUUUGCAUCCACUGCGGCUCACACACCGCCUCAAGGAGUACACCACUCCCCAAUACUCGGUCUCCAUCAUAUACCACCACGCUUUGCCCCGGAGCCAUUGCCCUCUGAAAUUCCACCAACUUCAUCUCAACUUCAUCUCCUUUGAUCUCCAAGGUUUCCACCUGCACCGGCAGCUGCAACGACCGAUACUGAAGGGAAAACCGUGGGGCCAUAUACGCAACCGGCUCCUGAAGCCACUGAAACCUCCCCACACGCACCUUAUUCUUGAACAAGGCCGGGUGCUGGUUGCCUUUCACUAUCACCAAUUCGUUGGUAUCGUACCG